AUGGAGGUCCCUUAUUCUGGACCUGGAGGGACCCAGAGUCAAAGAUGGAGCAAGGGCCAAGACAGAGGAACCAAGAGCAGACUCAGGGAUAAUGUGAAGAAGCUACACUGUGUGAGUCUUGGAGGAAACUUGGCCUCAGAGCAUAGUCAAGAUGAUCAUCAGUUUCUGAAGAAGCUCAAUGAAAAUGAUAAGCCAUUCUGGAUCGGAUUGGCAGACGUGCACAAGGAGGGCACAUGGCUAUGGUCCGAUGGUACAAGUGCAAGUUCUGAAGGGGACUUUUUAAAGUGGAAUCCUGGAGAGCCAAACAAUGCGGGCCAAGAGAACUGCGUGCACUCAAACUAUGGGGGCCAAGCAGACUGGAACGACAUUGAAUGUGAUUCAAGGUUUCAAUCCGUCUGUGCCAUGUGA